UUUGCAACUACAUACACAUAAAAACGUUAACUUUUAAUUAAGUAUAUUAUCAUCAUUGUAACAGUCACAUAAAUUGUUUAAAUCACAACUGCAAAAAAUACUAGAAAUAUACAAAUGCAUUUAUAACGAAAUGUAACAAGAAUUAAAUCAGAUUAAAAUAUCUAUAUGUAAAUUAUUCAUUCAUGUCACUUAAUAAAUCAAAUUAUUUUUCGGUCUCGUGCUCAUAUGAGACAGACGCAGUUUAAGUAGACAGUUGAACGUCACUCAAAAGCUGAUGUUGCAGCUGAACGGUUUUUGUUGCAAAAGAAUAACUUUUGUUCGUUCCAAUGAGUUGCAGCCAACGAGCGUUGCAGCACUUCCGACGGUUCUACAGCAUCCAAAGUACAUUGAGGCAAAGUCAGUCUCUGUGUAUCUGAGCUUCGAUAAAGAGAUUGAUACCAAUGCACUUGUGCGAGAUAUAUUCAAAACUGGUAAAAUCUGCUACAUCCCAAGAUUCAAGAAAGGAUUCAAAGAAAUGGAGAUGGUACAACUGUAUUCCCUUGAGGAUUACGGCAACUUGCCGGUCAAUAAAUUCAACAUCAAACAGCCGGCUGAUGAUGAGCAGAGACCCAGCGUAUUUGACGCAGGAACCUUGGACGUCAUCUUGAAUCCAGGAUUAGCAUUCACAAAAGAUGGGAAGAGGCUAGGAAGAGGAAAAGGAUAUUACGACAAGUUUCUAGGAAAAUGUGCACGGGAACUGAACACACGUCCCACCACACUGGCACUUGCCUUUAAAGAACAAAUAGUUUCCGACAUCCCUACUACAGAUACAGACAUCAUGAUGGAUUAUGUGUUGUAUGAAGAUGGAAGAGUUGAAUAACAUUUAUAUCUGCAAUUUAAA